CAUACUUCCUAGUAUGGAGAUUCUACUCGGCCUGGGAAGCCGGGUAUCGUUACUCUUCAAAGCCGGAGGGAAUGCGGAGAAGUGGGACGGCACAUUCGGAUGCUAUGUCCAUCCCCAUUCCCCCAUCUAUGGGCUCCUAUCGAACCAAGCAAGACACCUAAACCGUGGUUUCACUCUGCCAACUUUGCAAGUCUUUCCAAGUCUCUUCCUGAGGCUCGAGUUAUCGAAAUUUUCUUUCCUUCCUUUUGCCAGGGGUCGACUGACAUAGGUUUCUUUCUCGGAAGUGGAUUGGUGUGUUUUGGAACUCGGCGGUGAAACUAUGAGCGACUCCUACACCAUGGCGGGUGUUGGUGACAAUCAUCGUCGCUCAGAGAGCUCAGACGGGCUACUGGGUGAGGACAAGACCUUUUCUUGCACGCAUCCGGGUUGCACCAGACGCUUUACUCGAGCUGAGCACAUGCAACGCCAUGCUCUCAACCACAUGCCUGGAGGAUUGAGCUGCGAUCUAUGUAAUGCUCAUUUCAAACGGCCUGAUCUGUUGAAACGGCAUAUGGACCGUCACCGCCAGAAAGAUCUCGAAGCAGGCGGACCGGGCUGUGGCGUUCUAGACACACGCAAACGAUCUUGGAAGGCCCCGGACGGGUCUGUUGUAGAAAAGCGGCCCUGCCCGAAUCCGUCUGGACGGGGCCGGACCUCGGGAGGAAAAGAACGCCCUCAGACUCAACAAGUGCCCUCGCCUGACCCGGAACCCCACGACGGGGAUCACAGUCUGUCUGGCUUAGACAUCGGGGCAGAUCAAGACUACUCAAUCGAUAGCAUAUCACCAGAAUUUCACAGACGCUCGACCUUGGAUCUACGCCCAGGAAGCCAAAACGAAGCUCAACAGUAUUCUUUCGGGCGUGGAGACGUCUUCAAUCCCAGUGACCCUGUCACCAAUUUUUCGGGCUUUCCCCCCUCUUUACAAUUUUCCGAUUUCAUAGCAACGGAGAACCAGUUCGACAUCAGUACGACUCAGCCCAGUAGCUGGGGCGAAGCAUCUUUCAUGAGCGAUCAGUUGGACUACGAUCAGAUCUUCCAACCCGACACUGCCAGCUCCUUUAAUAUGCCCUAUACAACUGCGCUGGAUUAUAACUGGCUAUUCAACAUGCAAGACAACUCAGCGCCCACGGGAGCGUCGAGGCCUUCAAACCCGGGUCAAGACUUUGAAACUCAUAUGGCAAACAAUCAAUCCCAACCUAAAUCGCAAGCAAAUGUCGCAAUUACACCAGAGUCGAUGAAGAGCGCGCAACUGUGGACGGAGCCCAUGGACAUGGCUCCCAAAGACCAAGAGAGGCAGAGGUCGUCUGGUCCACCCAGCAAUCCCCAUGCAAGCGCCAAUGAAGCCGCGAGACGGCAGGCGAUGAGAAACUCCAGAGAGAGGAGCUCUGAUAUGGCAGCAUCUCGAAGGCCCUCCGAUGCGCCCACGGCAGCUCGGCAACGUUACCCUGCAGCCAGCCGGCCAACCCCGACUGAACCAGAAAGACCCCUGUCUUCAUUGCGAAAGCCACUCACGGUUCCACUGAUAGACGAAGAUGUGAGAGAGAGACUUCUGAAUGUCAUUGACGGCGCCAAGCCGAAUCUUCCCGACCAACGCCUCACGAUAUGGGAGCACCCGCUACUAUCAGCGGACUCACUCAAGUCUUACCUGGAGCUGUUCUUUACUCGCUUCAACACCGCAUACCCCCUCAUCCACCUAGAAACCUUUGACUGUAGGAAGACCGAGCCCUUGCUCCUGCUGUCCAUCCUACUAUUAGGUGCAACUUACUCGAGCAAAGACUGCCAUCAACUCGCUGUUUGCAUACACGAUGUCAUACGGCCGAGUAUUUUCGCCCAUGCUGGAUUCUCACACAGGCCAGAGCUCUGGACGUUGCAGACAAUUCUGCUGGUUGAGUGUUUUGGCAAGUCACGCGCCGGUCAGAAGCAACACGACAUGAGUCACCUGUUUCACGGACUCUUGAUAAAUCUCAUUCGUCGCUCUGAUUGCCAGACUGUGCGACCUCCAGGCCCGCCGCCAGUAUCGGGAGAAGACAACGCCGGCGUCUUGGAUCAAGCAUGGAGGAAAUGGGCUGAUGCCGAGCAAAAGAAAAGGUAUAUCUUAACCAUUUACCCCCAAUUGCUUAUGUCGACGAAGGACUAACAGAAGAUCAGGCUGGCUUUGCUUUGUUUCAU